AGACAUCUGAGUGGAGAGUGGAAGGCGAGGAGGGAAGUCGCAUUCCCACAAAAUGCAAGAUCUCAUCGGUUUCACUGUAUCCUAUUAAUAAUCUUUGGAUUUAAUAACCGGACGCUAUUGGGAGGAUCAUUUUGAGUUCUGUGGCGGUGGACAACACAAUGCAAACAGUUCCUAAGACGCGGGCGCCAAAAUGUGCUCGAUGUAGAAACCAUGGCGUUGUAAGGGAUCUUAAGGGACAUAAACAGUAUUGUCCCUUUAAGGAUUGCCUUUGUCAACUCUGCCAACUGAACUUGGCUAGGAGAAAAGUGAUGGCGAGUCAAAUCGCACUGAGGAGACAACAUGACCUUGAGCAAGAAAUGAGAAGUUUGCAGACUUCAGGUGAAAAUAUGCGAGAUUCAGGUGUUUGCAAAACCUUGUCUGGAAACAAAAUUGACGCAAAAAUGCGAUCGCCUAAGUGUGCCUUGUGUCAAAAUCAUGGCGUUGUAAGACAUUUGCGGGGACACAAGCAAUACUGUGAAUUUCGGGAUUGUAUGUGCGCUAAAUGCAAGUUAAACGUCGCUCGACGUAAAAUUAUGGCAGUGCAGAUCGCGGUUAGACGACAACAAACACUGGAAGAAGAGACAUCGGUUUUGCAGAGUGAAAACAUGAGAGCAGGUGCGGGGCCAAAUUCCCCUGAUUUGCUUAGGAAUAGGAUGGCACCGGCAAAUAAUUCGAUGACUUACAUGCCAAACGCAUCACACUCUGUUCAGCAUAUGAUGUUUGGUGCUGGCCGCAAUUCUUCCGAUUCGUUCUUAAGGAUGGCACCAACAUCUAGCACGGCAAACUACGUGCCGAAUAUUACGCACACCGUCCACCACAUGAUGUUGGGUGCUGGUCGAAAUUCGUCUGAUUCACUUCUUCGAAUGGCACCGGCAAAUAAUUCAGCGAGUUACUUACCGAAUGUUUCACACUCUGUCCAGCACAUGAUGUUGGAUGACAAAAACCUGCAGAGUCCAGAGAGGAGAAUGUCACCCAUGCAGAUGCCUGCCCCGUCUUACCAUCCUAACGGAUUUCUCUAAGGAAACGUGAGGCCAGAAUAGUUAGCUGAUGGAAAAACCGUGCUUAAGUUAGUUUAAUCCACCAACUUGAGUUAGCUUUGGUUAAGAUAAAUUAACCUUAGUUAGAGUGAAUUAACUUAAGAACUUUACAGACAUUCUAAAAAAAUAGAGCAAAUUAUCUACGGCAAAUUUUCCUGAGUCUGCAUCAUUUAGCUCUGGCCACUGUGGAUGCUGACUAUGGGCUCCACGCAGCAAGAUUUUAAGCCAAUUGAUGCUGGCCCAUCUGAAUUUGUCCGUUUGCGUCAGUGAUUUCCUUGUCUUGGAUGUCCAUAGUCUGUCUUAAGAUAAGGUGGUCAUGGUACGGUAUUGUACUGUUGUGAAAACUUAAGUUAUAACCAAGUAACUUAAGUUAUAAUCAAGUAACUUAAGUUACAAUCAAGUAACUUAAGUUAUAAUCAAUUGAGUUAAGUUAGAAAUAAUUUAACUCAAGUCAACGUGUUUCAUUAUAUUCCAAGUUACAUGUUGUUCAAAAUUGCGUCCCUGCUUGAGAUUUUCCUCGACAGCUUGUCGAGGUAUUUAAAUUCCCCCUCCUCAAUGUCUAUGAGAGAGUAGCACUUUGCAAUUUUGCUAAAGUGCUUGGCCAUAUCAUGUCAACUAAUCAUAAUUAAAACAAGUGUAGUUUUGUAUUUCAUGUUUUAUUAUAUUCCAAGUUACAUGUUGUCUAUAAUUGCGUCCCUGCUUGAGAUUUCCUUGACGGCUAGUCAAGACUAUUUAGACCAAAUUCCCCCUUGUCCAUGAGAGAGUAGCACUCCACGUUUUUGCUAACGUGCUUUGCCAUAUUGUAAUUUUUCAAAACAUCGGUAUGCUAAUCAACAUUUAACAAUGUGUAGUUUUGUCACUGUGUCAUUGCUUGCCAAUUUUUCUCUGACGGUUGGUCAAGAGUAUUCUAAAUCGUAACCAAAUAUUGCUAAUCAACAUUGAAACUGAGUGUAGUAUUGUAGCAUAUUUCAUUUCAUUUAUUGAUAUAUAUCGUUUUACAAUUUCUUGUGUCCACUAACCAUAAUUUUGCCAUUUCAUCAUAACCUGGUUGUAAACAAAAAAUUGUUGUUUCGUGUUCAAUGGUAAGCUUUCUCUUUUGUGUAAAAUCAUAUCUAUCAAUGAACUUCUGUCCCUCAACCCGAACGCUUUGUGUAUUACUGUAUAUACAUUCCAUUUUAUGAUUGCAUCAUGUUUCUUUGUGUAAUUACUGUAAACCCGGUCAGGGGCUGUCAUGACUUGUAAGGUGGUAGUUCAACCUUUACAGAAGAGUAGCAGCACCCAAUGUGACAGCUCUUGGCUUAUUUUUCAGUAUUAUUUGUUUUGCAAACUUGGAGAAAGAUAAUUGCUCAUUAUUUAGAGAAUUAAUUUGCUGGUUUUGGUCAAACAGGAAAGUGUGGUAGUUCGAGCUCCCGGUUAGCGGUGUGCCGUAACUUGAGGCUCGAACUACAGUUGUUUCUUAGCUUAGCUUUUCCGUUUCAACCAAUCCAGGUUUUAAAAAGUAUUUUUCAUCCAUGUUUGUCCAUUUAAGUAUUCGUCAUAUCAAAAGAUUAUUACCAUGAUUAUUACUGAAUUGAUAUUGUUUACUGCUGACAAAAUUCUUAUGAUGUCAAAAAUACUCCCCCCCCCAUUUCGGUAUCUGAACCCCCUAAAACCAUUGAGGUAUAAAUAAUAUAUAUAUACCUCCAUGCUAAAACCCACUAAAUUCCAUUUGAAAUACACCUGUACCAAACUAAGUUAUGCAUUAAAUUCAUUACCCACAGAAACUGUUGUCAGUUUGACGGCAAUAGUUGCAUAGUUUUAGCUGAUAUUUGCUUGAAACUUGUUGUAUUUUUGGUAUCAUAUGAAUUUUGAAUUUUGUGCCUUUGCUAUCACUGCUGUUCACCUGUUACAAACGCAAAUUGUGCUUCAAAUUGUACUUCCGUAAUCAACUUUAUUUUCAUUGCAUAUUGUUAUUUGCAUAAUAAUUACCUAUGAAGUAAUUACAAAGUAUUCAAGUUCAUUUUCUUUGCAUAUCUGUAUUGCUAUUUCCAUAAUAAUUACUUGUGAAGUAAUUAUUAGCAUAUGUCACAUGGUGUGUCAGAUGGUAUGUCAUGUGAUGUAUCAUGUGAUGUGUCACAUGACAUAUUUCGUGUGUCACGUGAUGUGCACAUGUGUGUUAACUAGUAUUUAUGUUUGUGAAACAUUGUAAUCGUUCAGUAUUGAAAUAAAUUACGUUAA